AUGGAGGAAUGCCCAACAACUGAGCCGAAAUUCGGGCCAGCGCCGUUCCUCCCCGAGGGCGGUCAGGAACCAGUGCCUGGAGCACCAGACUACAGUCCUUGGAUUCGCGGCAGAAAGCAUGAGCCACCCAAAGGCCAGUGGUCUCAACAUCGCGAUUUCGGUAUUUUGGUCGUCCUCAGCGGCAGCGACAGGAAACAACACUCACUGGACCUGCGUUCGACCGAGGCACCCGCGAUGCAGCCGUUUGGCGGCCCAAUGGCUCGAGCAGCUUGGGCUGGCGGCAGGAGAAUUCUAGGACGGGAUGUCACAGCCUUCGCCCAGCAAACAAGAACUCGAGAGAGCUUGUUCGCUGCAAAGCCAGUCACUGGCCUGCAGCGUUGUGCACGCCAUAGUCCUCAAUCACGGUCCUUCUCGUCGCAAAUUCCGCCUAAGAAUACUGAGUCAUCGUCCAUUCUGAGAAAUGGCGCCGAUACGAAGACGCAAGAUUCAGCGCAGCCAGCCAAGGACCUGCCAUCAGUCACAGACAGUCGUCGCAGCGAGUUGAACCAAAAGUUCAGUCAGGCCAUGGAUAAUCUCCAGGCACGAGUACUCACGGCUUCGCAAACUCUAAACGAUAUAACGGGGUACUCAUCCAUCGAAGGCAUCAAGAAAGAGAAUGACGCUUUAGAAGCCCAACUAGCGGAAGCCCAUGCCACGGUUCGAAAUGUUCGUCAGGCCUACAAAACAUCCAACACGAAAAGAGCUACCACGCAACGAGAAGUGACGACUUUGCUCGCUCGCAAAGAUACAUGGUCCCCGGCCGACCUGGAGCGAUUUACGGAACUCUACAGAACAGACCAUGUUCUGGAAGGGGAGGUGUCCAGCGCUCAGGAGGCUUUGACCGAGGCCGAGGCUGAGGAGCAAAGUCUGAGCCAGCGUCUCAACGCCGGGAUACUGAAGCGUUACCACGAGGAGCAAAUAUGGAGUGAUAGAAUACGCCGUGCCAGUACAUGGGGCACGUGGGGUCUGAUGGGCAUGAACUUUCUGUUAUUCGUUGUGCUGCAGUUUUUUGCAGAACCUUGGCGAAGAAGGCGUCUUGUCAAAGGCGUGGUUGAGGAAGAGAAGAAGGUAUUGGAAGAGGUCCGCGGCGAGUUGGAAGCUGUCAAGAUGUCUCUCACCAAGAAGGAGGAGGCUGUUCCCGUACCAGUGCAACAUUCGCCUGCGGCUGUGCCCGUGGAGCCAGAGACUGCGUCGAGUCCAUUGACGGAAGGAACCUGGAAGGAAUUCCUGGCGGACCCGGCUCGAUGGCAGGCUGCUGCUGCCGACUUGGUCAGUGAAAGAAGAAUUGACCUGCGGAUGAGGGAUGCUUCUACGUUGGCGUUCCAAGGCGCUGUGACGGGAGCAGCAGUUGCUGGAAGUAUAGCGGUACUGCUCCUGAGAAGGACAUGA